AAAAAUUUAACUUUAAAACAACACCUAAUGUUACUUUCUAUAAUUUUUAAAUUUAAAUUUAGUUUAUUUAUUAUUUAAUAAACAAACUUGAUGUACUUGAUAUAAUUUACAGAUAAAUAAUAUAUAAUUUUUAUAUUUAAAAAUUAAGUGCAUAAAUAAAUUAGGUGCAUUCAUUUAAACACCUAAUCAUUAGUGUAUUUUUAUAUUGAUAAGUAUUAAUUUAUAACAAUNCCACCACACUAUCCAUGUGUUUGUAUACUAUCGCUAAACACCCGGAAGUCCAACAAAAACUAUACGAAGAAAUCAAUAAAUUUCAUGAGCACCAGAAAUCAAACGCCGAUCCGUACGACGCGUUUCACGCAUUGAAAUACAUGGACGUAGUCAUCGACGAAACCUUACGGCUAUUCCCUGCGGCCAUAUUCAUAGAGAGAGUGCCCACCGAGGACUACGAGCUUAAGGGCACCGGUAUUACCAUCAAAAAAGAUCACGUGGUGCACAUCCCUGCCUAUGCCAUACAUAGAGACCCGGAACACUUUUCUGACCCGGAAGUGUUUAGACCGGAAAGAUUUUUAGAAGAAAAUAUAGCCCACAAUCCCUAUACGUAUUUGCCAUUUGGUGCCGGCCCUCGAAACUGUCUGGGCAUGCGAUUGGCUCAGUUAAAGAUAAAAUUAGCCCUGGUCAAUCUAAUCCAUCGUUAUGUUUUUCAUACUACAGAGAAACCCCUGGAGUUGGGUUCUUAUUAUGCCCCCGGCGGUCUUAUUAAACCAAAAUCUGUGGACUUGAGAAUUAGUAGACGCUAA